AAACUUGCUGCUGGAGACAGCGGCGGCGGCGGCGGCGGCGGCAGCGGCAGCGGCAGCCAGAGGACUCCCAGCGGCUGGAGCAGAAGUGUAACGGCCAGAGCUCCCAGACCCUUACCCACAGCUAGGCAGGACGCGCACAGUCCCUCCGCGCGAAAAGAAGGACCUUCGCGGGUCACCGGCUCCUGGAGGGUGCAAAUAUUUUCAGAGCUUCAUAAUCAGCCCAAGACCACAUAGAGCAAACAUGAAUGAUAUUUCCCAAAAGGCUGAGAUUCUGCUUUCUUCAUCUAAACCUGUCCCAAAAACCUAUGUACCAAAACUUGGCAAGGGUGAUGUAAAGGAUAAGUUUGAAGCCAUGCAGAGAGCCAGGGAAGAAAGAAAUCAAAGGAGAUCUAGAGACGAAAAGCAAAGAAGAAAAGAACAAUAUAUUAGAGAGAGAGAAUGGAACAGGAGAAAGCAGGAGAUUAAAGAAAUGCUUGCUUCUGAUGAUGAGGAAGACGUAUCUUCUAAAGUAGAAAAGGCUUAUGUUCCAAAAUUAACAGGAACUGUUAAGGGUAGAUUUGCUGAAAUGGAGAAACAAAGACAAGAGGAACAAAGGAAGAGAACGGAGGAGGAACGAAAACGCAGAAUUGAGCAGGAUAUGUUAGAAAAGAGGAAAAUACAGCGUGAAUUAGCAAAAAGGGCUGAGCAGAUUGAGGACAUAAACAAUACGGGAACUGAAUCAGCAUCAGAGGAAGGAGAUGAUUCACUACUUAUAACUGUGGUACCUGUUAAAUCAUAUAAAACAUCUGGAAAAAUGAAAAAGAAUUUUGAGGAUCUAGAAAAAGAACGUGAAGAGAAAGAAAGGAUCAAGUAUGAGGAAGAUAAAAGAGUAAGAUAUGAUGAACAACGACGAUCUCUCAAGGAAGCAAAGUGUCUUUCAUUAGUUAUGGAUGAUGAACUAGAAAGUGAAGCAAAAAAAGAAUCACUUUCUCCUGGAAAAUUGAAACUAACUUUUGAAGAACUGGAGCGACAAAGACAAGAAAACCGAAAGAAGCAAGCUGAAGAGGAAGCAAGGAAACGUUUAGAAGAAGAGAAGCGUGCUUUUGAAGAAGCAAGGCGGCAAAUGGUAAAUGAAGAAGAGGAAAACCAAGACACAGCAAAAAUUUUUAAAGGGUACCGCCCUGGUAAACUCAAACUCAGUUUUGAAGAAAUAGAAAGGCAAAGAAGAGAAGAUGAAAAAAGGAAAGCAGAAGAAGAAGCCAGAAGGAGAAUAGAGGAAGAAAAGAAGGCAUUUGCUGAAGCAAGGAGAAACAUGGUAGUAGAUGAUGACUCCCCAGAGAUGUAUAAGACAGUCUCUCAAGAAUCUCUUACACCGGGAAAACUGGAAAUUAAUUUUGAAGAAUUAUUAAAACAAAAAAUGGAAGAAGAAAAGCGACGAACAGAGGAAGAACGGAAGCAUAAGCUAGAAAUGGAGAAACAAGAAUUUGAACAACUGAGACAGGAAAUGGGAGAGGAAGAGGAAGAAAAUGAAACAUUUGGAUUGAGCAGAGAAUAUGAAGAACUGAUCAAAUUAAAAAGGAGUGGCUCUAUUCAAGCUAAAAACCUAAAAAGCAAGUUUGAAAAAAUUGGACAGUUGUCUGAAAAAGAAAUACAGAAAAAAAUAGAAGAAGAGCGAGCAAGAAGGAAAGCAAUUGACCUUGAAAUUAAAGAGCGAGAAGCAGAAAAUUUUCAUGAGGAAGAUGAUGUUGAUGUUAGGCCUGCAAGAAAAAGCGAGGCUCCAUUUACUCACAAAGUGAAUAUGAAAGCUAGAUUUGAACAAAUGGCUAAGGCAAGAGAAGAAGAAGAACAAAGAAGAAUUGAAGAACAAAAGUUACUACGCAUGCAGUUUGAACAAAGGGAAAUUGAUGCAGCACUACAAAAGAAAAGAGAAGAGGAGGAGGAGGAAGAAGGUAGCAUCAUGAAUGGCUCCACUACUGAAGAUGAAGAGCAAACCAGAUCAGGAGCUCCAUGGUUCAAGAAGCCUCUUAAAAACACGUCAGUUGUAGACAGUGAGCCAGUCAGAUUUACUGUUAAAGUAACAGGAGAACCCAAACCAGAAAUUACAUGGUGGUUUGAAGGAGAAAUAUUGCAGGAUGGAGAAGACUAUCAAUAUAUUGAAAGGGGAGAAACUUACUGCCUUUACUUACCAGAAACUUUCCCAGAAGAUGGAGGAGAGUAUAUGUGUAAAGCAGUCAACAAUAAAGGAUCUGCAGCUAGUACCUGUAUUCUUACCAUUGAAACUGAUGACUACUAGCUCCCCUUCCCUCUCCUUGGAACUUACUUUCACUCCAGCUUUCUUACUACAUCCAUCUUUUCUGUGGUGGGGCCAAAAAAGGAAACCAGGAGUGCCACUAUGUUGACUUCUUAUUCCUUUUCGUAACAGUCUUCAAAACACAGCUCAUCUAAAGAAUGCCUUCUUCUUUUCCAAAUAAGCAUCAGAUUUAUCGCCUAUUAUGCAGUAACAGUCAAUAAAAUGUACUUACUGGGGGGGAUUAAUUAUUCUGUCAGAACCUAUUAUAAAGGCUGUGUAUUUCCCAUAGACGUUUACAGCAACUAUGUUAAAAACACACACACACACACCCCUAAGUAGAAUACAUUAUUUUGCAUGAAGGAAUGGCAUUUCUGAGCUUUUUACACCUAGAAUUAGGCUGAAAUAGCUGAGAUAAUUAAUUUGGAACCUAUCAAUUUGAGUGGACUUUUUCUUUAGUAGUAUACCAUUUUGGUGGUUGUUUCAAAGUCUUUCUGAAGCAGAUAUAUUGAAGCGGGGUGGGGAAAAGUGUCACUCCUUUUAGAGGAAAAGGGGAGGAGCAUGGAGAAAAACAAAAAUUAAAGGACUUUUAAGAAAGACUGCCUAUACAGUGUUGAGUGUUGAGGAUAUUAAACAUGUUAUUUUUCAAACAUAAUAUAUAAUUAAAUUUAUAAAGCAAAUUUAUGUGAUCUUGCCUGAGCAAAUUAUAUUUUAAUAAAAAAACUUUGUAUUAAUAGUUCACAGAAGAGAAAACACUUUCAACAUAGCUGAAGGUUUCAAGAUCUAAGUGUAUCAGACUUAGGGAAAAAGUGGAACAACCUUCAAUUUAAAAUUCUAGUCUUUAAAAUGAGUUUGUAAAUAAUUAGCUAUUAUGUUCUAUUAAGUUGUUUUAUAUUUUAAUUUUCUGGAAGACAAUUUUAUUUUACAAUGUGAACCCAAAUAAAGUAACUUCUGUAUUUAA